GGUUUAUCCACUGUAGCGCAGCCUCAAAGGGGCGAGCAGCUAAUACGUCUGCAAACGACUGUAGUGGCAUUUCUGUUCCUUUUGGAUUGUUUGUUGCAGUUUAAAAAAAAUGAACAAAGGUGAUUUCACGGCCGGUCGAGGGAAAGGGACAGCGGUUCCCGAUAAAGUUGAUAUGUCCUUGGAUGACAUCAUUCGGUUGAACAAAAAGGAAAAACAGUUAAAACGGAGACAAGCCAACAUGAACCGCAGACCAUUCAAGAAGAAAGGCCGUUUAACCCAAGGAACGGGAGUUUCUCAGAGGACUACAGGGCCAGCCCAAAGAGGAGGUGGCGUACCCCGAGGAGGAGCGGCUAUAUUAAGAAACAGGAGGCUUCCUCCUCUAACGGGUAGACGACGGGGUCAAGGGGUCAUCACAGGCAUUGCAGCCAAGAGGCCGGCUGUCCUGCUGAAACGAGCUGGUACACUCAACAGAGGAGCUGUCAGCCAGAAACCAAGACAGAGAACCAGACCCUUCAUUCAGCGCUCCGAGGCUCCAUACAGGAGGCCGGAGGUCCAGAGGCGGCUUUACCGGCAGCCUGAUCUGCAGAGAGGCCAGACUACAGCGUCAGCCAGGCGACCGUUUCAGCUUCAACGACGAUCUCUGCCGCCUGUCCAGCAGACCCAGAAGGAGGCACGCCAGGCCACGUUUCUUUUCCGGAGGGGACUCAAGGUUCAAACCCAGGUGGAGACAACAAACCCCCACAUUCCUCCGGUCAAAACUCGACAAUGGCGCUCAUCAACAACUACUAAUGGAAUCUUGACUGUUUCAAUCGCCAACCCCACAGCCAGGACUCAGCCUGAGCCUCCCACCGCCUGGACUCUGCACCCCCCACCCACCAGCCCCGCUCCUGUUAAGGUGGAAACAGCGGAGAAGAAAAUCCCAAAAGGAGUCCCCCUGCAGUUUGACAUCAACAGCGUCGGCAAACCGCAAACGUCGAUGACUCUGAACGAGCGAUUUCGGAUCCUGAAAGAUCAGCGCGCGGCCACAGCACAGACCAGUAAAGGCAGCAGGUUCGUCACCGUGGGUUAGCCGUGGCGAAGAGAGGCGGGUGAAACUAAGACACAAAGACUCUUAACUGCAACCCCCCAUGAUGGAUGGGACGGUGCUGACACUGAAAAUACUUCAGUUGUGGGAUAAAUGGGACAGAACUCAAAUGUGCAGGUGUUUUGGAAGAGUUUGUUUGGAAAAGCCUCCCAUUCAUUGUCUGUGUUAUUGUACUCAGCUGUUUGUAUUGUGGUUGCUCUGCUGGGAAAGUUCCCUCCCCUUUUUUUGGACUUGGAACUGUUAACACUACAGACUUUUUGAAAGUAGGUCUUUCAGAGAGAACAAUUCAUUUGCAAGGAUCAUGUGGAUUUUUUUUUUUUUUUUUUUUAAAGCUCUGUUUUGUAAUUUCUGCAAAUAAAUUUCUCUAAAUAUUUUUCCUUGUACAGCAUCAACGCAGCUCACGGAACACGUUUCGUAUGUGCGUAUCUUUUCCUGUGGCCACUGACUGACACAUAAAACCACACUUGUUCACUGACUGCAGUCUGGUGUUCAACUCUGAGCUACUUCACAAAUCGAGAGGGUUUGGUUACACCUUGCAUCCUUGUAGGUGUUGAGGUCGUGCAUUGCCAUGUAAAUGUUCAUUUCAGGUGUGUUGAUUCUUUUUCAUGAAACCAGAGCUUUGGAAACCCAAAAAAGCAAAUUCUCUAAACUGGGUCCCAAAAUGAAGAAAUGGGAGGUCAUAAAAAUCUGCCAUACAAAAUUUUAUUAAAAUGUUUAUCCUUAGUAAAGAAAAAAAUCUACUUAGAAAGCCACAACUUCUGCAUCCAAUAAACCUCCACCCAUGCACGAGGUGGUUUAUUGAGGUCGGAAGAGGUGGUGGAGCUACAGUGGUGGAGUAGUUCAUGACUGUCCAGGUAAUCUCUAUUUCCUGAAAACUUCUCAUUAAUGAAACACCACCAUGCUGAUGACUUCUUUUUU